GGGGGAGUCGUUACAGGCGCAAUGCGGUUGUCAGGAUGUAAGGAGCAAUGGCGACGGUCGAGACGGUUUUGGAGGCCACAGUUGAGAUGAAUUUGGACCAAACAGAAGCCGAACUCAGGUGUGAAUCCCGUCUCUUCCACCUCAACUGUUAGUAGCAGAAUGGAGCCGGAAGUGACGGCGUCCUCGCCAUCCGGCGCGCUCUCGUCCUCCGCUCCCCAGACUUCGCCCGCGCCGGCCCACCUGGCGGCGAAGCAGAGGGACGGCAGAAAGACCCCGUCCGCCGCCCCCGCCUUCCUCUCCAACCUGGGGAGGGCCACCCUGCGGGGGAUCCGCAAGUGUCCGCAGUGCGGCGUCUACAACGGCACCCGGGGGCUCAGCUGCAAGAACAAAGCGUGCGGGAUUUCCCUCAGGAACGCCUCCUCGGCGGCGGGCAGGAGCGGCAAGAAAUGCGCGGUGGACGCGGUGAGAGUGAUCGUAGACAGCGAGGAGAGGAGGGGGAAGGAGGGCGCCGGUGUAGGAAGAGGGGGAGAUGGCGCAGGGGGCCCGGGCGGCGCCUCGGCCGGAGGAGUGCAGGUGUUCUCGGUGCGUCACAGAGGGAGAGGAUCCACCGCCACGCAGUUGGGCUUCGUUGAGCUCGUCCCCACGGACACGGCCAUAGCGACGGGUGACGGCGCCACCCUGCUGACCCGCAUCAACCUGGGACGCUGCUUUUUGCCCUCGUGCAGGCAGGGUCAAAGGUCGCAUCGGGGCGAGGCGGAGUCCGGGACGGCCGCUUCGAAACAGCCCCCGGACAGCCUGUGCGUCCACAUCAAGCAGGCGAUCGAGUGCAGCGCCUUCUCCACGCCGCUGACCCUGAAGAGCUCCGUCCUGGACGGCCUGCAGGCCUCCAUCCAAGCCAGGAAGGAGCUGUGGCGGCUCGCCACGGAGUCCCCGGGCCCCCUGGUGCAGCGCGUGGCCAAGGGCACGCUGGUGGUGAAGUGCCACGUGGAUUCCCAGCAUCCCCUGGGGCUGCUGCAUCUCACCGUCGGUGCGGGCGGGCUGUCCGAGGGUGUGAAGAGCGAGAGGAAGGGCAGAGAGCAGCAGCACGCCGUCUUCCACUGCGCCUGCCAGGUCGGCGGCAGGAGGAGCAAAGCCGGCGUCGAUGCGGCGGGGGGAUCCGCCGACUUGCACCCUCCGCCUUCCGGGCCGGACCCGUCGCAGCCCUGCCUGCACUUCUACGCCUGCGUGUGCGCCCUCGCAAGCGACGAGAAACUGGCGUCGGAGUUUGCCGCUUUCAUCAAGUACACGCCGAAUGGUGUGCAGCAGAACGCUCCCGGUCCCGGCGGGAAGCCUCGCCCCGCCGACCCGAUCAGCCCCCUCCUGAAAACAAAGAAGCUGCGCCUGGAUGAAUCUCUCUCUGGUGGUUUCACCGUAACUCCUCCCGCUCUACCUGUGACCACCGCGCCGGUGCAUGUCGCCCCCACCCUUCCUCCGUCCUUCCUCCUCGGCCUCAGUGGCCCCUGUGGUCCCGUUAGAAGAGGCCCCGCCCCUCCAGGGGGUAUGCAGGUCGUGGAUGAGCGGGCGCUGACGUUGGGCUUCCAGCAGUGGCUCGCCGGCGUCACAGAGAGGAUCCACCAGACGAUGCACUACCAGUUUGAUGGGAAGCCAGAACCUCUGGUGUACCACAUCCCGCAGGAGUUCUUCAGCGCUCUGCUGCACCGUCUGUCGCUGGCCUCCAAGAAGAAGAGGCUGCCGAACUUCACCUCAGCGGUGGUGAGGAACGACGGACUCCCUCUGGGCUCGUUCUGCAAGCACACGUGGCACAUCACCAGCCUCACGCAGGUCAAACGCGUCUUUGACACCUCGGAGGUGCCUCUGGAGCUCACUCAGAGCUUUGUGAAGAACGCCGACGGCUCUUAUUCCCGCUUCCGCUGCCCGGAGCCGCCGCCCGACCCGGAGCCGCCGGAGGGGCCGAGGACGGACCGGCCGCAGGCCAUCCGGCCGAUGGAGCUCCGCACCUUCCUCAGAGUCGGGCCGGCGGCGGAGCAGACGGAGGCCGGCCCGUUCGUGAUCGAGUGGAUCCCGGACGUUCUGCCUCGCUGCCGCAUGGGGGAGCUCAGGAUCGCCUUCGAGUUCGGCCACCAGCAGGGGGGGUCGGACCCCACGAAGCACGCGAGCGCCGUGGAAAUCCUUCAGGUGGUUGUGUAGUGACGGCCGGUCCGUGGGACAGACUGAUGUGUUGAACACGGUACGGAUCAAUUCCCAUGUGAAUUACUCGUUAUAUUGAUCAGUAUUCUUAUCCGAUCUAGUCUGUAGUGCAGCACUCGAUUAUUUAUUUAUGAUAAACGUACAGAGACGUAAUCAAUAGCUCUUACAUGACAGUCAUCAAAACAAAGACAAAACAACUAUAAAAGAACCAUAUUUGGGGAAUUUGGCUUAAACAUUUUGUAACAACAAAAUAAGAACUUUUUAAACGUGCGCAGGUUUAUAUUUAUAUUAUUUUUCAGGUAAAAGAUGUUGCUUCCGUUGGAAAAAAAGACAUUUAAAAACAAACACUAUGUCUGUAAAUCAAAGUAAUGUAUGUGUAUGGUGAACGUUACGUUAUGAUAUAAUUAUGGAUCAAAGCAAAGGGAUAUAAAUGUUUUAAACGGGGUGUUGGUGGUGCUUCAGUCUGUGUGUUGUGUGUGUUGAUAACAUAAUGUGUGUCAAACAACCGGCCAUAACCACAGACAUUGGAGCGCUAUUGUGAUACUAUAUUUAUCUAAGUCUACUAAGCCAAAAUGAUAGUAUUUCUAACAUUUUUUAAAGAUGUAUUGAUUUAAGAUCACAAAUAAACGUUGAAGUAGAAAUCAACGCGUAUCAACCAGCUAAUCAUUAGCAUGCUAGCUAACUUUAGCAUCAAGUCUUCAUUUGGCCUCACUGAGCUGCUGUAGACUCUGAUUCCUGUUUAUCAUUUGAAACCGUGGACUUGGGAUGGAAAAUGUUGAAUAAUUACUCUUUGAUGGGUCAUAUUUUAUAUUCAGCUUUAUCACAUUUAAAAGUAUCCACAUACAAACCUGACCGCUACAACUAUUUUCAUUAUUUAUUAUUCGGCCAGGCAACGUAUGUCACCAGCAGAUGGAGAUAAAGUACAAUAUACGAUGCACCAAUUCAGAAGAGGACAUUAGAUGAGGAAAGUUCAUUAAUAGGAAAAUAUGCUUUUCUACAUAGUGUUGUUGUUGUUCUUGUAUUGUUACCUGCCUAAAUAAAGUGUUUCCCUUUGCAUACAUGGAUGCAGAAAA